GAGAGACCCGUUAACUGUCAAAUUGAUCAAAUUGUCAUCGAGUUGUUUCACUGGCUUAACCGUGUCGAAUCAGAUUCAAAGUCCACCGGAGGAAAUGUUACCUACACGAUUCUCUCUUUGACUUUUUGGGAUCGUCUUUUCCAACAGGAAGUAAAUAUUAAACACAGGGUGUAACUUAAGUUUGGGUUAGGCUUUCUCGCACAGGGUGUCCGGACCACGGCGGUGCCAAGUUGGAUUUGACAGUACCAUUGCUAACGUUAACAGCAAGACAAGAGAGAGAACGGAUUUUUAGACCGACUACCAGGUUAACCGAACCAGAAAGUUCGGUCCGGAUGGUGUUGUCUGUACAAAUUCAGGUGGUUGACAGUCGGACGGGCACUGUCGCCAUGGGCAACCGGGGGAUGGAGGAGCUGAUCCCCUUGGUGAAUAGGCUCCAGGACGCCUUCAGCACCAUUGGCCAGAGCUGCAACCUAGACCUGCCGCAGAUAGCGGUCGUUGGCGGUCAGAGCGCAGGCAAGAGCUCUGUCCUGGAGAACUUUGUGGGCAGGGACUUCCUCCCCCGGGGUUCUGGCAUUGUCACCCGCAGACCCUUGGUCCUCCAGCUCAUCUCUGCCAGCACAGAGUAUGCAGAGUUUCUCCACUGUAAGGGGAAGAUGUUUUCAGACUUUCAGGAAGUUCGCCAGGAGAUCGAAGCAGAGACAGUGAGACUCACUGGAACCAAUAAGGGCGUCUCUCCUGUCCCCAUCAGCCUACGAGUUUAUUCCCCUCACGUGUUGAACCUGACACUGGUGGAUCUGCCUGGCAUUACCAAAGUGCCUGUAGGAGACCAGCCGGCUGAUAUAGAGUACCAGGUGAGGGACAUGAUCAUGCAGUUUAUCUGUAAAGACAACUGUCUGGUCUUGGCUGUGACUCCAGCUAACAUGGACCUGGCCAACUCUGACGCUCUCAAACUGGCCAAGGAUGUGGACCCUCAGGGCCUGCGGACCAUAGGGGUGAUCACUAAGUUGGAUCUGAUGGACGAGGGAACGGAUGCCCGGCACAUACUGGAGAACAGGUUACUGCCACUACGCAGAGGUUAUAUCGGGGUGGUGAAUCGUAGUCAGAAGGACAUUGAUGGGAGAAAGGACAUUAAGGCAGCUCUGGCUGCAGAGAGGAAGUUCUUCCUGUCUCACCCUGCAUACAGACACAUGGCUGACAGCAUGGGUACCCCCUACCUACAGAGGGUCCUGAACCAGCAACUGACCAAUCACAUCCGAGACUGUCUGCCAGUGUUCCGCAGUUGUCUCCAGAGCCAGCUCCUAGCGCUGGAUAAAGAGGCUGAGGAGUACAAACACUACAGAGCUGACGACCCAGCACGCAAGACAAAGGCCCUACUACUGCUGAUGCAGCAGUUUGCAGCCGACUUUGAGAAGCGUAUUGAGGGCUCAGGAGACCAGGUGGACACUAUAGAACUGUCAGGAGGAGCCAAGAUCAACCGCAUAUUCCACGAACGCUUCCCCUUCGAACUGGUCAAGAUGGAAUUUGAUGAGAGGGAACUGCGGCGGGAGAUCAGCUAUGCCAUCAAGAACAUCCACGGCAUCAGGACAGGUUUGUUUACUCCUGACCAGGCGUUUGAGGCCAUAGUGAGGAGACAGAUAAUCAAGCUGAAGGGUCCCUGUAUUAAAUGUGUGGACAUGGUCAUCCAGGAGCUGAUCAACACUGUACGCCAAUGCACCACCAAGUUGGGCUCCUAUCCAAGACUGCGAGAGGAGACGGAGAGAAUCGUUACCACAAACAUCCGGGACAGAGAGAGUCGAGCUAAAGAACAGGUCCUGCUGCUAAUCGAUGUACAGGUGGCCUACAUCAACACUAACCAUGAGGACUUCAUUGGCUUCGCUAAUGCGCAGCAGAGGAGCGCUCAGACUAAUAAGAAGAGCAUUGCAGGAAACCAGGGUGUGCAACCAGUCUCCAGUCUAAUAGUCAUCCGUAAGGGCUGGCUGACCGUCAACAACAUCAGUAUCAUCAAGGGCGGUGCGAAGGAGUACUGGUUCGUCCUGACCGCUGAGAGCCUGUCCUGGUUCAAGGAUGAUGAGGAGAAAGAGAAGAAGUACAUGUUACCAUUGGACAACCUGAAGCUGAGAGACGUGGAGAAGAGCUUCAUGUCCAGUAAACAUGCCUACGCCAUCUUCAACACCGAACAGAGGAAUGUGUAUAAGGACUACAGGUUCCUGGAGCUGGCGUGUAGCUCUCAGGAGGAGCAAGACAGCUGGAAGGCUUCUCUGCUGAGGGCCGGAGUCUAUCCUGAGAAAGUCACUGUUGAUGGGGAGUGUAGUGGUUCUAGUGAUAGUUUCUCUAUGGACCCUCAGUUGGAGCGUCAGGUAGAGACCAUACGGAACCUGGUGGACUCCUACAUGAACAUCGUUUACAAAGCCAUCAGAGACCUCAUGCCCAAGACUAUCAUGCACCUCAUGAUCAAUAACGUGAAGUUGUAUAUUGGUAGUGAUCUCCUGGUGCAGCUCUACUCUCUAGCAGAGAAGUGUGUGUUGAUGGAUGAGUCUCCAGAACAGGAGCAGAGGAGAGAGGAGGUGCUGAGGACUCACUCUGCCCUGAAAGAGGCUCUGGCCAUCAUAGGAGACAUCUCUACCUCCACCUCCUCUACUCCUCUACCUCCUCCUGUCGACUCCUCCUGGCUGCAUGGAGCCCCUGGGACCAGCUGCAGGUCUCCCAGUCCUACAGCUAUAGCUUCUAAGCGUAUAGCCGCUGCUCCUAGAGCCUUGCCCUCCACCAGAGGCCCCGCCCCCAUGGCCCCACCAGUCCCCUCCCGCGCCGCACCCCAUGGACCAAUCAGCAAUCACGCUGAUACCACCCAGUCUCCACCCACCGGACUCAUCAGACCCCCCCCUAAUGUACCCAGGAGGCACCCCCCAGCUGUCCCCACAAAACCAUUGCACUGACCCCUCCCCACAACACAACAAUGCCUCUUAUAGGACAACUACAACAUACAGUCUGUCAAUCAGAUGGAUUAUAUUACUACUUUUUUUGUAAUGCUUUUUUAAAACUUAUUUUCCAAAUCCCAAAUGCACCCAUAUCCCACAACCCUGAGGCACUUCUCCUAUCCCCUACCUCCCAGACACUUGCAAAGAUCUGAAAUGAUUGGAUAGGUGUAAUCAAUGUGGUGACUAUUUCUACUAGUCUAUUAGAGGGCAAGUUGAAUCCAUUGCCAUAUUGAUCAUUUCUACCCAUUCUAAACUCAUAUCAAUCUACCAUUUUGCUGGAGACUCUUAUCCAGAACUUGUCAAUGAGCUGUCUAAUCUGUAAUAGUGUGCUGGCUCUCCUUCCCCUCUUUCCUUCCGUCCCUCCCCUCUUUCUCCUUCCUUCCGUCCCUCCCCUCUUUCUCCUUCCUUCCGUCCCUCCCCUCUUUCUCCUUCCUUCCGUCCCUCCCCUCUUUCUCCUUCCUUCCGUCCCUCCCCUCUUCCUCUCCUUCCUUCCCUC